ACACUGAAAACAAAACAACUUCAGCGUCGCCAUCUUUGUAAGCGUAACGACUUCACCGAACUGAGUUCUGCGGGUUACGGGGAGCGACCAAAGAAGAAGAUUGUGUCGCCGGUAAUGAUCGCCGAUUUCCUCCCAUUUCCAACAACCAUCACGCCGAGACCGUAGUCGCCGCCUUCUUUCGCUCCACUCCUCAAUCAGGUUGCAGAGACAGCCUCAAAUCAUAUUCGCAGCCUAUUUUGUUCUCAACUCUUGACUUUGUCUUUUGAUCAAUGGAGGGCAUACAUGUAUCCGAGGCUAAUUUGGUAGUUUACGUGCAUCCAUCAAAACACAACAAGAUCCAUCAAGCAAUUCUCCGCAACCUCAGUUCCUUGCUUUUCCAGUUUAAUGAAACUUUUGAAGGCAUUGUAUUGGCUUAUGAUUUCAACAUUUUGGAUAACUACUCAAAAGUUCUCCCUGGGAUUUUCCCGUAUUUGGGUGUUAAAUUGAAAGCAAACUUAUUAGUUUUUUCGCCAAAGCAAGACAUGCUUAUAGAAGGGAAGGUGGUGAAAAUCACACCGGAAUCCAUUCAUGUCAUUGUUCUUGGUUUUUCAUCUGCCAUUAUAGCGUUCGAAGAUAUCCGCAAAGAAUUCAAAUAUGAAACUAGAAAGGGUGAAGAAUUAUUUGUCAGCAGAUUGAACAAACGACAUGUUAUAAAGGUUGGAACUAUGAUACGUUUCUUGGUCAAGAGUUUUGAUGAAGCUGUUCUGCACUUUUCUGGAUCAUUAAUGCCAGAUAACACUGGAAGCAUUCGUUGGUUGGAUAGAAGUUCGGAAGAUAGUGUACAGACUGACAGUGCAAAAAGGAGGAAAGAAAGGGUGGGAGAAAUGGGAAUGAGUGACAGCAUGGUUGGUACUGAGGGAGCAUCUUCCUUGAACAAUAACCAUGUAAGGAAGUCAAAGAAACAUAAAAUUUCACAAGAUCAUUGAAGGGUGUGGUGGAACCUGAUUGUUUUGGCCUCCACCUUGUUUACAGGCACAUCAAGUAUGUCACAGCGCUUCAGCUCUAUGCCAAGAGCCAUCUAUCGCGGAAUGUAAGAAACACCACAAAUCACAAUGCCCGCUGAUUUUUAAGAUACGAGUUGAUUGUUUUUUUUUUUGCUCAACCUUAUCAGAUAGAUGUGUUUGAUUUCAGAAAUCAGUCCGAACUGCGUCGUAAUUUGCAGGUAUUCAUCGAUAAGGAUGUAACCUCCAUCCUUGAGUUAGAUUAGAAAGUAGUUAGUGUUGUAUUUUGCCUUUCCUUUUUGGUCGUGGAACUUGUGGUAGAUAGGUAGAUGAUGAGGAGAUAACCAAGUCCAAACCAUUGAGAAGUCAUUUUUUUUGGCAGAAACUGCGAUGUAGUGUACCGUUAAAUUCAUUUCUCAGUAAAUGAAAAUGAGUCCUAUUAGUAAGUAUGACAA